AACCUCUACCUCCGAUUGAUGGCCCUGGCUGGUGUGUGAUUUUUGUGAUAAGGACCAUUCUCAUUAGUUAUUCCUAAUUAUAUAUAUGAUAACUGUCUGACCGAGCAAAAAUAAGUGAUUAUUUUUUUAUGUUCAGUAAGCAACAGCAAUGAACAAUUAAGUGUCAUUUACCAGUGUGUUCAUUACUCACACAAUUUCAUUCACCUCUUCAAGAGAAUGGCUCAUAUAACUCUUCUUCGAUGUGAAAAAUUUAUUUUUCACCCUUUGCCUUGCAGAGCUCUUUUGAAGCUUACCGGUGAAAUUAAGAAUUUUCAUCUCAGUUCAAAGCAUAACGAUAAAGAGGAGAAAGAUAAUGAUGCUGAUACUAACAGGGUUCAGUCCUUCGUCAAGUCUAUACAAGACAGAAAAGGCAAGGUUUAUAAUAACGCUUUAGAGGCGAUUGGUGACGUCAAGAGUGGGAGUACUCUUCUUGUUGGAGGUUUUGGAUUAUGUGGUAUCCCUGAAAGCUUAAUUACAGCCCUCUUAAAAACCGAAAUCAAUGACUUGACAGUUGUUAGUAACAAUGCUGGAGUUGAUAAUUAUGGACUUGGACUGUGGUUGAAAGACAAAAGGAUUCGUAAGAUGAUCUCUUCUUACGUCGGAGAGAAUGCAGAGUUUGAGAAGCAGUAUUUGUCGGGUGAAUUAGAGGUUGAACUCACUCCCCAGGGAACUUUAGCUGAAAGAAUUCGUGCAGGGGGUGCUGGAAUUCCUGCUUUUUAUACGCCGACUGGACAAGGAACUUUGAUCGAAGAGGGAGGAGCUCCAAUUAAAUAUUCCUCUGAUGGCGGAGUAGCCAUUGCAAGUCAAGGCCGCCAAGCUCAAAUGUUUAACGGCCGGAACUACAUUUUAGAAACAGCUAUCAUUGGCGACUUCUCCUUUAUCAAAGCAUGGAAAGCGGAUCCUUUGGGAAAUUUAAUUUUUAGGAAAACUGCCAGAAAUUUUAACUCUCCUAUGUGCCGUGCUGGAAAAACUGUAAUUGCUGAAGUCGAAGAGAUUGUCGAGAUCGGUGACUUAGAUCCUGACCAUGUGCAUGUUCCAGGUAUUUUCGUAGACAGAAUCAUCAAAGCAGAAGUACUGGAGAAAAGGAUAGAACGAAUUAAAUUGAACAAGAAAAAUGAUGAAUCCUCAACGGUGGCUUCGACACCUGCAGCUGAAAUGAGAGAACGCAUAAUUAAGAGAGUUGCCUUAGAAUUCAAAAAUGGAAUGUAUGUCAAUUUGGGUAUUGGUAUGCCUAUGUUGGCUAGCAAUUACAUUUUACCAGGGAUGACGGUGACUCUGCAGAGUGAGAAUGGUGUUCUAGGUUUGGGAGGAUAUCCAUCUAGUAAAAAAGAAGUUGAUCCAGACUUGAUAAAUGCCGGAAAAGAAACAGUGACUGUUGUCGAUGGAGCCAGCUACUUUGGAAGUGACGAAAGUUUUGCUAUGAUUCGAGGAGGACAUAUCCAUUUAACAAUUUUGGGCGCUAUGGAAGUAUCGCAAUACGGAGAUCUGGCUAAUUGGAUGAUCCCUGGAAAAAUGGUAAAAGGCAUGGGAGGAGCUAUGGAUCUAGUCUCAGCACCAAAUACUAAAGUUGUUGUGGCCAUGGAACACACAGCCAAGGAUGGAGGCCACAAAAUUGUCAGUGAAUGUCAGUUACCUCUUACAGGCAGAAAUGUUGUUGAUUUAAUCAUCACUGAAAAGGGUGUAUUUGAAGUGAAUAAAGAAUCCGGACUUACACUUAUAGAAAUUGCAGAAGGGAUUGAAGUGCCCGAGCUUAUCAUGUCUACUGGCUGCAGUUUUGAAGUUUCUCCUGAUUUAAAGAAAAUGGGACAGGUUGAAGUUUAAAUCUAAUCAGGAGUCAUUCAUGCUGUUUAUCGAUUUUGAGGAAUUUCUCACAUUUCUUAACAAUGUUGAAAGAUCUUGCAUCGUAAAUGAGAGAGCUAACAGAACAGUCUGUUGGAAUGAAGAUUCUAGCUGACAGAAGAAUUGGAAGAUAUGCUCUUUGGAUCCUGUAGCAUGUCUCUUUCAUGUGUGCCAUAUUAAUGUAUUUAUCACUUUUUUAACAUUUUUUCAACAAUGUCAACAACUUUUUUUUCAUUUUUAACUUCCAAUGCUGCUGUAAUGCUGAAACCGAUAAUGAUUACCUCUGCUCUUUAGGUCAUUUUAACCUGACUUUGAAAUUGAAGAGCACUUUUGGAGGCCUUGAAAUUUUCAAGAUUAUAUACCACUACUGUAUUUUUAAAGCAGAAUACAAUUUUGCUGUUUAACGCCUGAAUAUUUAAUUACGCUUUUUCUUUGUAACAUCUAAAUAAGUCAGCUCCUUUUGAAUAAGUACAAGGCUGUUCUCAUUUGUAUGUCAGUUGCCAUACUUCUAAAUGAAAUUUUCAUGAGUUGUGAAAUUCUUAAAAAUUUACAAUGUUGAAAUUCCAGAUUUUAAAGUGUGUAUUUGCAGAAAUGAAGAAGUCCUCUGAAAAUUAUUAAUUUUUAAUUUACAGCAGUUCUCAGAGUGAAACGUUUAAAAUGAGGAAAUUUCACCUCAUAAUAAUAAACAUACAAAUUUAGAGUUGCCCUCCUUCAUCUGAAAAUACUUACAAGUUGUAUUUGUUUUUGAAGACAAAAGAAUGAACACCUAUUCUUUAAUAUCCUGAAAACACUCCCUUUUUUGUUCACAGCACGAAGUUUAUUUUAUUUAAUUCAAUUUUGUUCAAAUUUUCUAUGAUUUUUCAAAAUUGUAUUUUUUAAUGCAUUUUUGCAAUUCUUAUCAGACUUAUAGGUCUGAUAAGAACCUAACUAACCUAAUACUAUCUUCUGGAGAGGAAUUAUUGUUGUAUCAAUGGGUUUAGUAAAAUAAAACACAGCUCGUACAGAAAGAAUCAUAUUAUCAAGGAGAGAUCAGCAUACAAGUCUCUGUGUGAACAGAAAUUUUUUUGGUGCUUUCUCUUCAUGCAAGCUCAAAUAGAUGGGUGUUCAGAAAUGCAAUGCCUGUAAUUUAAAUUUUUUAGAACUAUGCAUUUAAGGAUAGGAUCAUGGAUGAACUGUUCUGGCUUAUCCAGUUUUUGAUAUCUUAGGUAAUUCCCAAAUGAGAUGGUUCCAAAAAUUGUGCCUCUCACAUAAAGGGUAGAAAAAAAUCUGUGAUAACAAUUUUUUAGCUUGGAGUUACUUCCUAAGAUUCUUUUCGAGCGAAAAAAAAUACAGUGAACUUACUGAAUGUGACAUCAUACCAAGUUCCUGUAUAGUGUAAAUGCAUUAAGUUUAUAACAUAAGUUGCCGUGCAGAUUUUUAAAAUUUUCUUCGCAAUUUUUUUCUCUUUUUUCCAUUGUGGAGACUGAACGCUUCUACCUGUCUAGGAAGUCAUGAGACUUUGGGGGGUCCCAUUGCGUCAAGACAGCCCUGCUCUAUGGAGUCAGGAUUUUUUUACAGAACAACCAAUCAAUCAAACAUUGAUAGUCACUUUAUUUACUAAAAAUUUAGUGUGGUCCAGGCCAUUAAAAGUAGAGGGUGAAGUCAGUGACUGGCUCGGGGUUUUGUUUAAGGAUUGAAAUGCAGGUAUUUGGGCUCCUUAAAUUGACCGUUGCUCACUAAAGCAAGUCAACCCCUAAACAAAGACAGGGCCGCUCACCCAUAACUUCUCGUCGUGUGGGAUGUAAUAAAUUCCUGAUAAAUGUCUCUAAAACUAUCAAUGUUUGUUGUUUUGAAUUAGUUCUUGAUGUAUUGUUUUUUAAUAAAUCGAUCUAUUGGAUAUGUUGAUUUUCAAUUUAUCAAAACCUGAUAAUAGUUGUCUAUGUACCACGAGAAUUGGUUUGUUGUUCACGCAUCAACACAGGAUUAUUUGUUCAUUUAUUUUUUAAGCAUCUGUAUUAAAAUGUUUUGUUGAUAAUAUAUUUUUAUUACAAAAUGGAAA